AUGGGAGUAGAGUUGGAUGAUGAUUUGAGCAAUAUGAAAUCCGGAGUAUAUACAUUUUGUGCAAACGGAGCAAUAUAUCACAUAAUUGAUCAGUUAGUACCGAGGGAUGGAUUACCAAGGUACUUACAAUUGUAUUUCUAUGAUUCUGAAACCGACUUUACACAUAGACUUCAAUGGCCAAAUAUUGAUCGAAAUAUCAUUAAAGUGUUGUUGGGCGUUCUUUCAACAAAUCUGUAUGCUACAACGUUUCGAAGCCUUCGUGAGCUAGGACCUCUUGAUAACUAUAGAGUUAGUUUGAACGCAUCAGUGGAACUUCACCAAAGGGUAUACAAUCGGCCGACCACAUCUAAGGUUGCUGGUAUUUGGGUAGAAGGUAAUGACAACAUAACAACAUAUAAAAGAAGCAUUGUUGUAUACGGGAGAUCUGACUAUAGUACACAAAUUCAACCUUACAAAGGUUGUUAUGAUCCUUUGUCUUAUCCAUUAUUCUUUCCUAAUGGUGAGUCUGGUUGGCAUGCAAAAAUAGCAAGGGAUGGGGUGUCCAUCAAUGAAGUUGUGGGUAAUGAAGAAAAUAUUGUGGAUGAUUUAGAAGGGGCUAAGUCAAAGAAGGGUAGGAAUACCGUAACAAUGCGUGAGUACUACUGUUACAAAUUCCAGAUUCGUUCAUCUAAAAAUUUAAUUCUAUUGGGAAGAAGAUUGCUACAACAAUUUGUGGUAGAUAUGUACAUAAAGAUCGAGACUUCACGCUUGCUUUUUUGUAAGCUAAACCAAAAGAAAAUAAGAUCGGACCUUUACCAAGGAAGUGUUGACCGUGUCAAUGCCGGUGAAGUUGAACCAAGUAUAGUCGGCCAACGGAUAGUCUUACUUGCAUCUUUCAUUGGUGGACCACAUGACAUGCGAUGA